AUGAAUAAUAAUCAUAUAAACUAUUCAUCAAUAAUAUCGAAUGAUCAUGAAACAGGUACAUCAGGUGAACCUUUACGUAUGUUUGAUUCAUCAUAUAAUAAUUAUGCUCCACAUUCAAAUCUUUAUUCGGAUUAUACAAAUGCAACAUCAAAAAUAGAAGCAUUCGAUUACAAUUAUUGGCCAACUACAGCAACAACUACACAUAAUAUUCUAGCAAAUCCAACAAUGACAAUUCUUGAUCAAACUCCAACAUCAUCAUCUUCAUCAUCGUCAUCCUUAUCAUCAAAUCCAACAGUUGAACCACUUGUACCUGCUUCAUCUGUACAAUUAUCCCAAAUAAAUGCAUCAGCUACUAUUUCCUCUACACAUCAUCACCAUCAUAUUCAUCAACAUCUUUAUUCACCACCAUCACCAACAUGUAAUGAUCCAUCAACAUGGCUUGGUUCAGGUAAUUAUCAGCCAUUACAUUCAACAACAAAUCCAUCAUCAUAUCGUCAUUAUACAACUCCCUGUCCAUUUUAUUCAACAAAUAAUUUUUAUGAUUCACCACAAGCACAAUGGACACAACCGCCACCACCGCCACCAACAGCACUUCCAAUUAAAUUUGAAUCAUCUUAUAGUCCACCAACAUAUUUUGAAACAUCUAAUCAUAUAAAUCAUUGUCAUGAACAAAUGUCUAAAGAGGAAUCAUCAAGUUCACCUCAACAAAUAAAUUGGCAUAAAAAUGAUUCAUCAUCAACACAAUUAAUUUCAAUACCACCAAAAAAUCCAUUGAACGGAAAAACUCGUACACGUGAUAAAUAUCGUAUUGUUUAUACAGAUCAACAACGAUAUGAACUUGAAAAUGAAUUUAUUAUAUCAAAAUAUAUUUCAAUACCACGUAAAUCAGCACUAUCAUUAACAUUAUCAUUAAGUGAACGACAAAUUAAAAUUUGGUUUCAAAAUCGUCGUGCAAAAGAACGUAAAUUAAAUAAAAAACGACAAGAAAUAUCUUCAACACGUCAAUUAAAUAAUUCAAAUGAUGUUGAUUCACCAAGUGAUGGUGGUUUUGAAAGUCCAAAUUAUUAUCAAAAUUAUGCGCUACAUGAUUAUUUACAGCAGCAACAGCAACAACCGAAAAGUGCUACUGCUGAGAUGGAUUUGAGUGUGCUUAGCUGUCUUGGACCAGAUUUUGAUAAGCAAACAGUAUUCAAUUUGCUCGGUGAUAGUAAUUAUAUUGAAUCAGGUUUAACACAAUCUACUGCAGCAAAUUGGUGGAUGUCUAGUCCAUCUCAUUGGAGUAAUUCGUUGACACAAGAAGUACCUGUUUAUACACCUCGUUCAGUAAUGACCGAACUUGAACCUCAAUCACCAACAAGUUCUGCUACUAAACGACCUUUUUCUGAUGUUAGCAAUCGAACGAUUGCUGUUCGAUCAUUGACAAAUAAUCAACCACCAUCGAAAUUAGAAUUUUCAACACCAGUACGAUCAUCUACAUCCGAUUUAUAUAAUCGAGUACCAUCAUCUAUUAAACGAUCACGUCUUGCACCUGCCUUUGCUUAUUCUACUUCUUCUUCGUCAUACGAAACAUCGCCGCCAACACAACAAUUGUCUGGCGUAGCAUCAACAAUCGAUACACCUGAAUAUUAUCAUUUGGUUAUUGAUAUUGAACCAUAUUAUGGUCUGUCUCCCAUAUGGUUACGUGUUAUACAAAGAUCAAUAGAAAAUGCUUCUGCAAAGCGUUUUCUUAAUGAAACAGUUAUGUAUGAAAUGUAUAAAAAAUAUUUUGGUCGAAAGAAAGCAACAUAUUACAAGAAUCCAGAACAUGGUUUACGUGUUUCUGCUCAACGAGGUCUUGCAUGUAUUUUUCAAGCAUUAGCACGCAAAAUACCAAUAUCUGGUUUAAGUAAACCUAAUCUUCGUGAUGGUCUUACACUUAUGCAUUAUGCAGCUAUUCACAAUCGUUCAAUUAUUAUUGGUAUUUUAAUUCUAUUAGGUGUUGAUGUUAAUUCUAAAGCAGAAGUGAAUUAUGUACCAAAUGGUGGGACACCAUUACAUUUUGCUUGUCGUCAUGGAAGUUUAGAUGCAGCAUCCUGUCUUCUAGGCAAUAUGGCAGCAAUUCAAGUUGAUCAUCAAGGAUGGACACCUAUACAUCAUGCUGCUUUUUGUGAUCAUGUUCCAAUUUUAAGAUUACUCUAUAAUAAACAUCCUGAUGUACUUGAACAAACGACUAAAGAUAGUCGUCAAUCAACACCACUUCUAUUAGCAGCAACAUCAGGUGCCUUAGAUGCUGUUCAAUGUUUAGUUUCAUUAGAUGCUAAUAUUGCAUAUAAAGAUGAAUUAGGAAAUACAGUUAUUCAUUUAGCUGCUAGUAAUUUACAUACAAAUGUAAUUGAAUAUUUUAUUCGUUUGAAUAAUCAACUUGUGCCAACAUGGACGAUUCUUGUUGAUUUAAUAAAUCAUCCUGAUUUACCAAUGAAACGAGCUACUGUUCAAUGUUUACAUGUAAUGACAACACAUGGAGAAGAAUUUUGGCGUCCAUUAUUAGAAACAGAUGGUAUUAAACGACUUAUAAGAUUACUUAAAAUGACUGAUGCAAAUUUAAUAUUAUCAACAUUAUCUGUUUUGUGCAAUAUAUCAACAAAUACAGAAGUACGUUUAGCAAUAUCAACAGCUGAAGAAAAUUUAUCUGACAUGUUUUCAAAUUUAUUAAAAUUAAACAAUGAUGAAAUACGUUCAAAAACAUCCAUAUUAAUUGCUGAUAUAUGUUUUGUUCCAUCAAAUCAAGAACGUUUUCUUGAAUCCGAAGCAAUAAUAGGCUUAUCACGUAUGCUUGAUUCAUCUAUUGAAGAUGUUCUUGUUAAUGCAUGUAAUGCAGUUGAUUUACUUUGUCGUAAAAAUGAAUUUAUGCAAAAUGAAUUAGCUAAAUAUGGAAUUAUUGAAAAACUUACUGAAUUACUUGCACUUGAUUCAAAAGUUUUACGAGGUACUGUAGCAUCAGCAUUAGCAUCAAUAACAUAUAAUAAUAUGACUAAUCAAACAUUAGCAUCAUCGAAAGGUGCACUUAAACUUAUUGUUGAUCUUAUGCAAGAUAGAGAAUUUGGUAUACGUUAUAAAGGAUCAUUGGCUGUUGAAGCAUUAGCUAUAAAUAAUGUAGAAAAUCAAAAACAAUUUUUAUCCAAAACUCUCAAUAUACAAAAACCACUUAAUGAAUUAAUGGAGAUUCGUAGUUCCGAAGAAUGGGCAUUAGAAAUUCGUGAACAAGCAGCUUUUUCAUUAUGGGCACUUGGUGGUGAAAUAAAAUUGCAACAACGUUAUGUAGCUGAAUGUUUUGGUAUUUCACAUAUUGUAACAAUGCUUUUAUCACAUUCAGAAAAAUUACAAUAUGUAUCAUUAAAUGCUAUAAUUGCAUUAGCUGAUGAAUGUGAACUAAAUCAAAAUAGAUUAUAUAAAGAAAAUAUUCUUGCACCACUUAUACGUCUGCUUAAACAACAUCAUCAAUUAACACAUCGAGUUUUACUUGUACUUGUUCGAGCAUUUAGUGUACUUUGUAUUGGCAUUUCACUUGUACCGAAUAGUUUAUUACAAAAUGCUAUUGUUGAACUAAAUGCUAUUGAUUUACUUAUACGUAUAAUGGAAUCAACACAAUAUAUUGAUUUGAAAGUUGAAUGUUGUUUAACGUUAUCAAAAUUAGUAUUAAAUAAUAGUGCAAAUCAACAACAUUUAGCAAACGAAUUUAAUGUUGAAGAUGUUGUUUUUCAAUUUAUUCAAAUAGAGGAAUCUGAUUUAAAAUUACGAGCUUUAUUAGCAUUAUCAUUAUUUGCUUAUAAUAAUCUUGAAAAUCAAGCUAUUUUAAAAGAAACAAAUACGAUUGUUUGUAGUGCAUUUCAACCAUUUAUUGAUUCAUUGAAUCCAACAUAUUCAGCUAUGGCUUGUUUUCAAGUCAUUGUUCUUGCACGUGUUAUUGCUGAUAGUGAUGAUGAACAAGUUACACUUACAGCACUUGUUAUUAUGAAACUUGCUGAUCUUUUAUUACAAAAUAAUAUAAGUUUAAUUACACAAAUAGCUAAAUAUGUAUCAUCAUUGGCUCGAAUUCGAACAGGUAUAAGUGAUGGAUUUAUAUCUUGUCAAGUGCUCGAACGUUUAAUUAAUAAGCUCUAUGUUCGAUCACCUCCACAGACAAGUGAAGAUGCAGGUGACGAAGCUGAAAUGCAUAGUGCUUGUGCUGUAGCAAUUGGAGCAUUAACAUAUAAUAAAACAGCAUUUCGUCGUCUCUAUAAUCUUGUUCGACGUGAUCCAACGCUUUAUGAUAAAAUUGUUGAAUGUGGUAACCGUUCAUGUAUGUCACAAGAAUUUGUUAGAUUUUUUGAAAGUGAACGAGCAAAAGGUUUACCAGUAGACAGUCUUUCUGUUCAACUUCAUGUACUUGAGUCUCGACCAACAUCUUCAAUUCAUCGUCGAUCAGUAUAUAGUGAUCGUCAAACACCAAGUCGUCUACGAACUGCACAUAGUCGUUUACAAUCCCAAACACCAUCACUUUGUUCAACUAUACCAUCAAUACAAAAUAAACGACGUUUACCUUUAUCAACAAAAUUAACUCGUACGUGA